ACCACCAUUAUAGAUUCUAAAUUAUAUUAUUUUAUAGCUACUUAUUGCCUUACGAACACUUGGGCAACCUUACCAACCUAGUCCGGAUCGAGGAACAGUACCAAAAUGGCCUUGAUUCCUUCCAUGAUGCUGUUUUCAUUUCUUUCUUUCCUUGUCAUACUCAAAUCUGAAGCCAACAACGACCAGCUACAAUUCGUGUACCAUUAUUGCAACAACAAGUACGGAAACAUUACCACCGAAACCUACUCAGACAACCGUAAUAACCUUUUGUCCAAUAUGUAUUAUGACAAAGAAAAUGACUACGGCUUCUACAAUUCCUCCUAUGGACAAGACCCUGACAAAGUUUACGCCAUCGGUUUCUGCAGAGGCGAUGUAAAUCUAGAUAAGUGCCGUAGUUGCCUGGAAAAGUCCGCAGUCCUUCUCAGAGAGCGGUGUCCAGGACAGAAAGAGGGGAUCGGGUGGUUUGACGAGUGCAUGCUACGCUACACCAACCACUCAAUAUUUGGUGUCAUGGUAACUCAACCUAACAACAUCUUGUGCAACACAAAAAACGCCACAAAGGAUCCUAGAUCGGCUACUGGUUUUGAUCAAGUGGUCCACAACCUGUUGAACAAACUGAGAAACAGGACGACGACAGUGGCAGACCCAGAAAGUGAUUCCAGUCGAAGUCGCAAGUUCUUCGCUGAAGGAAAUGCUCCGGUUCAAUCAAGCAAUGUGACCAUACAUGCUCUGAUUCAGUGCACACCUGAUAUUUCUAGUCAAAACUGUACUCGAUGCUUGGAGUACGCUAUGACGAAUAUUUCAUCUUAUUGUGAUGGAAAAACGGGUGGUCGAUAUCUAGGACCAAGCUGUUCUGUUAGAUAUGAGAUCUAUCCCUUUUUUGAGCCCAUAGUCCACCAUGCACCACCACCACAACCUGCCACUCAGGUUACCACGACCACUGGGAAAGAAAAGAGCAACCCAUCACGAACUAUCAUUGCUAUAGUUGUGCCAGUCGUUGCCGUUGUCGUACUCCUGGUGGCCUUUACCUACAAUUAUUUAGGAGCGAGAAGACGAAGACAAAAACCUUUUCAAAGUGAAGGAGGCGAAGGUGAACUUGAUAAUGACAUUAAAAUAGACGAGUUGUUGCAAUUUGACUUUGCAACCAUCAAAUUUGCAACUAAUAACUUCUCUGAUGCAAAUAAGCUUGGCCAAGGUGGAUUUGGAAUUGUUUAUAAGGGUACGCUCUCUGAUGGACAAGAAAUAGCAAUUAAAAGAUUGUCUAUCAAUUCUAACCAAGGAGAAACAGAAUUUAAGAAUGAAAUUCUGCUAACAGGGAAGCUUCAACACCGAAACUUAGUUAGACUGCUUGGCUUUUGUUUUUCAAGAAGAGAAAGGUUAUUGAUAUAUGAAUUCGUUCCCAAUAAAAGCCUUGAUUAUUUCAUAUUUGAUCCAAACAAUCGUGUGAAUUUGAAUUGGGAAAGACGCUAUAAUAUUAUAAGGGGUAUUGCUCGAGGUCUUCUUUACCUUCGUGAAGAUUCUCGAUUACAAAUUGUUCAUCGUGAUCUCAAAACAAGUAACAUUUUGUUAGAUGAAGAGUUGAACCCUAAAAUAUCAGAUUUUGGCAUGGCAAGAUUAUUUGAGAUCAAUCAAACUCAAGCCAGUACAAAUACAAUUGUCGGGACCUUUGGAUAUAUGGCUCCUGAGUACAUUAAAUAUGGACAGUUUUCAGUCAAGUCAGAUGUCUUUAGUUUUGGCGUAAUGAUUCUGGAAAUUGUAUGCGGACAAAGAAACAGUGAGAUUCGUGGUAGCGAGGAAAAUGCACAAGAUCUAUUAAGCUUUGCAUGGAAAAAUUGGAGGGGAGGGACAGUUUCAAAUAUUGUAGAUGACACAUUAAAGGAUUAUUCUUGGAAUGAAAUAAGGAGAUGCAUUCACAUUGGAUUACUGUGUGUACAGGAAGAUAUAGCUGAUAGACCAACUAUGAAUACCGUUUUACUGAUGCUUAACAGUGACUCUUUCCCACUUGCUAAACCUUCUGAACCUGCAUUUUUAAUGCGUGAUAAGAGUUCUUUGCCUACGGCUAUGCUGUCUGGUGGGCAACAUUCAGAGGUAACAAGGUCAGGUUAUUCAGGAAGUCAAUCUGCUCAAGAAUCAUCAAUUAUGGCUCCAAUCACCGAGCCAUAUCCUCGUUAGAUAUUUGUCAUAAAAUUUACUUUUUAUGCCAAUUGGGCAAAAAGGAAAUGAUCAAUUAUUGAAACUUCAUCCUUUGGAGUUAACAACGUAACCACCUACCCUUCCUGGUUAAUUAUUUUGUAGGGUUUGUCCUAGCACUUCGCUCCACUUUUUUUUUUUUUUUUUUUUGUGUAGUGUUUGCUUUCAAACUUCGGUGUUUUCUUUGUGAACUAUAUAUAAACGAAACAUAUAUGUUUGGAAAUUA